GGAAGCGGCUGAGGCGCUUGGAACCUGAAAAGUCGCGAUCCUCUCUCAGUUACCUCGCAUCUUGGUGCCCAGCAGGCCGUCAGCACCAUGGACAGCGGUGCCGUGCCCGGGAAUGCCAGCGACUGCACUGAUCCCUUUGCGCAAUCCACUUGCUCCCCAGCACCUAGCCCCGGUUCCUGGACCAACUUAUCACACUUAGAUGGCAAUCUGUCCGACCCAUGCGGUCCGAACCGCACCGAUCUGGUAGGGAGCGACAGCCUAUGCCCUCCGACCGGCAGCCCCUCCAUGAUCACAGCUAUCACCAUCAUGGCCCUCUACUCCAUCGUGUGCGUGGUGGGGCUCUUCGGAAACUUCCUGGUCAUGUAUGUGAUCGUCAGAUACACCAAAAUGAAGACUGCCACCAAUAUCUACAUUUUCAACCUUGCUCUGGCAGAUGCCUUAGCUACCAGUACUCUGCCAUUUCAGAGUGUAAAUUACCUAAUGGGAACAUGGCCAUUUGGAACCAUCCUGUGCAAGAUUGUGAUCUCCAUAGACUACUACAAUAUGUUCACCAGCAUAUUCACUCUCUGCACCAUGAGUGUGGAUCGUUAUAUUGCAGUCUGCCACCCCGUGAAGGCCCUGGAUUUUCGUACUCCUCGAAAUGCCAAAAUUGUCAAUGUCUGCAACUGGAUCCUAUCUUCUGCCAUUGGUCUGCCUGUAAUGUUCAUGGCAACCACAAAAUACAGGAAUGGUUCCAUAGAUUGUACUUUAACAUUUUCUCAUCCAACCUGGUACUGGGAGAACCUACUGAAGAUUUGUGUCUUCAUCUUUGCCUUCAUCAUGCCUGUCCUCAUAAUCACGGUGUGUUACGGACUGAUGAUCUUACGUCUCAAGAGUGUCCGCAUGCUCUCGGGCUCCAAAGAAAAGGACAGGAAUCUACGAAGGAUCACCAGGAUGGUGCUGGUGGUUGUGGCUGUGUUCAUUGUCUGCUGGACUCCCAUUCACAUUUAUGUCAUUAUUAAAGCCUUGAUCACGAUUCCAGAAACUACUUUCCAGACAGUUUCAUGGCACUUCUGCAUUGCCCUAGGUUACACAAACAGCUGCCUGAACCCAGUCCUGUAUGCAUUUCUGGAUGAAAACUUCAAACGAUGCUUCAGAGAAUUCUGUAUCCCAACCUCCUCAACCAUUGAGCAACAAAACUCCACCAGAAUUCGCCAGAACACUAGAGACCACCCUUCCACGGCCAAUACAGUAGACAGAACGAACCAUCAGCUGGAAAACCUGGAAGCAGAGACAGCUCCAUUGCCCUAACUGGGUCUCACACCAUUCAGACCCUCAGUGAGAUUAGGAGCCACCAUCUAAUGUGGAGGCAGGUCGCCAGGCGAAUGUGUAGCAGGCUCUAGUUUCCUAAAACCGUGCUUGCUUCUGGGUCAUCAAAAGUGUGUCCUCUCUGACUACUCCACUAUACACCUUAGAGGGACAUUCAGACCAUAUCAAGCUCCUGUAAGAAAAAGAGUAUGUCACACUCAGAAUGUGAUUUGUGUACAUAGCAUGAGUAAGAUGCUCAAUGGGACCAAAGUAUGCCAUGAUAUACAAUCGGUGUCAUCACAGAAGGUGACCCUUCUGUAUGUUAUAUGCUGUUUUCUAGCAAAUAUUUAUAGCCUCGUCAAAAAAA